AUGGAUUCUUCAUUAGAAUUCAAGAGGGUCAUGAGCCUUGUGGCUGCCCUUGCCCUUUUCACUAUCUUUUUCAUUCCACUUCCUAAUCAUGCUUCCCCUGCAGAAGCCCAAGCCCUCCUCAAGUGGAAGUCCGGUCUUAGUAACCAUUCGGUUCCUUCCCUCUCUUCGUGGACUCCAUCUCCUCAUCAUGCCACCAGUUCCAACUCGACCAUGAGUCCAUGUGCUUGGUAUGGCAUCUCCUGCAAUCAGGCGGGGAGCAUAAUCGGGAUAAAUCUCACCAGUGCUUAUGUUGAAGGUACGCUCGACGAAUUCCCAUUCUCAUCUUUGUCUCAUCUUACAUACAUGGACUUGGGUAUAAAUAGUCUCUCUGGCCAUAUUCCGCCUCAAAUCGGUCUCUUGAGCAAUCUCACCUAUCUUGACCUCUCUAUCAAUCGAUUCAUGGGGAAUAUACCCCCGGAGAUCGGCCAUCUAACGAAACUCAAGGUCCUGCACCUGGUUUCUAAUGAGUUAAAUGGAUCCAUUCCCCAAGAAAUUGGACAAUUGCAUUUGCUCAAUGAGGUCGCGUUGUAUUCGAACCAGUUGAAUGGACCCAUACCUUCCUCAUUAGGUAAUUUGAGCAAAUUGGCUAUACUGUAUGUCUACAACAACUCCCUUUCUGGUUCUAUUCCUCCUGAAAUGGGAAAUAUGGCAAAUUUGGAAUUGCUCCACAUGGACACCAACUUCCUAACAGGAUUGAUUCCUUCCACUUUGGGGAACUUAACCAAAUUGACACAACUGAACCUAUUUGCUAAUGAGUUUAUUGGUUCCAUCCCACUGGAGCUAGGGAAUUUGAAUCGUCUUAAUGAGUUGAGCCUUAAUAAUAAUAAUCUCACAGGUUCAAUCCCACCAAUAUUAGGCAAUUUGACGGAGCUUACCUCGCUUUUUCUCUACAGUAAUAAGCUUUCUGGUCACAUUCCUGGAUCCUUAGGAGAUCUAGUGAACUUGGAGGAGCUGCAUUUGGAUACCAACCAAUUAAGCGGCUCCUUACCAAAGAACUUGUGCCGAGGUAGGUUGCUCCAAAACCUUACAAAGUGA